UGCCUCAACAUCUUCCCUACCUUCUCUUUCUCUUUCUCUUUCUCAUCCAUAUUCUCUUUUAUUCCAAGUUGGCAUCUUUCUUAAACUUUGGUCAUUGCUAGCACACCCAAACCUAUCAUUUUUCUUCUGAAAUGGAUUUUCUUGGCAUCUUUGUGGUCACCAUUCUGUCGAUGUCAAACACAAUUCAUGGCUAUGCUGGUGGAUGGUCUAAUGCUCAUGCAACUUUUUAUGGUGGAGGGGAUGCUUCUGGCACAAUGGGAGGAGCUUGUGGGUAUGCAAAUCUUUACAGCCAAGGCUAUGGCACCAACACAGCAGCAUUAAGCACUGCUCUUUUCAAUAAUGGACUAACCUGUGGAGCUUGUUUCGAGAUCAAAUGUGUAAAUGACAACAGGUGGUGUCUCUCAGGCUCCAUUGUAGUCACUGCAACAAACUUCUGCCCUCCAAACAGUGCCCUUCCAAGCAAUGCUGGAGGCUGGUGUAAUCCUCCUCUGCAACAUUUCGAUCUUUCGCAGCCUGUUUUCCAACACAUAGCUCACUACAAAGCAGGAAUAGUCCCAGUUCAAUAUAGGAGGGUUGCCUGCAGGAAGAGUGGUGGGAUCAGGUUCACCAUUAAUGGCCACUCAUACUUCAACCUGGUGCUCAUAACAAAUGUUGGUGGUGCUGGUGAUGUAGUGGCAGCCGCCAUUAAAGGGUCUAGGACUGGAUGGCAACCGUUGUCCCGCAAUUGGGGCCAAAACUGGCAGAGCAAUGCAUACCUCAAUGGCCAAGCCCUCUCUUUCAAGGUGACAACAAGCGAUGGCCGCUCUGUUAUCUCAACCAAUGUGGCUCCUCCAAACUGGUCCUUUGGCCAAACCUUCAGUGGGACACAGUUUUAAUCUCUCCUGAAAACUGACUAAUAUUAUUAAUCAGCUCUCUUUACUAAUUACAGUUGUUAAAUUUAUUGUAAAGUUUCAAUGCAAUGACAAUAGUGUCACCACAAGGCCUUCUAGUUCUAGAGAUGGCCCUGAAUGCAUUUUUUUCUUUUGAAUCUUAGUAGUUAAAUCACAUCUAUUAUAAUACCAAGAAGGGUUUGUGCAGAUAUGGUCUCUGCCAGACCAAUCUCAGAAUUAGAAAUUGUUCUGAUGAUUCAUGGAGGAAGAUGAAGAGAGAUUGUGUAAUUGUAAUAAGCUUCAAGCUUGUGGCUUGAAUUUGCUUUUAUCUUUGAAUAUUUUUAUUGAACAAGUUUCAGAAGGAUUAAUUAGCAAUAAUUUUGAUCUU